UUCAUUGAUGUGUCAGUACCCAUGCCUCCUCGUGAAGCAGAUAUGUUUAGUUUGUGGGAUGCGUGUAAUAUUGUAGUCAUUUGUUGGUUACAGAACUCGAUGAUUAAGGAAAUUAGGAGGUCAGUGUUGAAUCAUACGAAUGCUAGAGCUUUAUGGGAUGAAUUGAAGAGGCGAUUUGAUCAACCUAAUGCUCUUGGAAUCUUGAACUUGGAAGAUGAAAUACAGGCAUGGAAGCAGGGAACCAGAUCUAUAACUCGGUAUUAUACAGCUAUCAAAGGGCUUUGGGACGAGUAUGUGGAGUUUAGUCCAAUUGUUCCAUGUGCUUGUGCACCUGGGAAUCCCAUGCCAUGUGCAGCUGUAGCUGCUUUCGUACAGAAGGAGGAGACUGAUUAUCUGGUUAGAUUCCCGAGAGGACUCAACUCUGAGUAUGAUGUAAUUAAAACACAGCUUCUCUUGCAAAAGCCACUGCCUAAUGUGCCAACAGCAGUGGAUGAUCUGCUGCAACACGAGCAGAAGUUGAAAGCAGACAGUGUUGUGGGAGGAAAGAAAGGUCAAAGCCUGCUUUAGCUGUUGGUGGUAAUAGUUCAAAGGAGAAUACUGAAAUUAGAGGAAGGAAGUUUUGUCGUUUUUGCAAGAUGAACAAUCACAAUAUUGAGGACUGUUGGAAGCUGAAAAGGAAGCAAGAAAUGCAGAGAGAAGGUGGUGGUAAUGGGGGUUCUUCUUCCAGUUCUGGCUCAAGUUCUAGCACACCAAGGUUUGCUGGUUCUAUUUCUCAAGGUGGUGGGAAUGAGAAUGCAUUAGAAGAGAGUGUAGUCAAUGAGAGUAAGUCAGCUGCACCACUUGGAUUCACAGCAGAAGAAAUGACUCGCCUCAUAUAUCUUUUGCAGACUGGUGCUAACACACAACCUUCCCCACCUACUUCCCCGUCCAUCAAUCACCAAGCCUAUUCAUCCACUCAAUAUCCUACUUCUUUUCCUCACUUCUCAGGUAAACAUGUUCUAUCCUCUUCCCAAAACUCUAAAACACAAGACUUGAACCUUUGGAUAGUGGACACAGGAGCAUCUGACCAUAUUGCAUGUAGUCUCACUUUAUUCUCCAGCUAUACACCAAUCCAGAAUGCAUUUGUUUAUCUCCCUAAUAGCACUAAGGUCACUGUCACAUGCAUAGGAACAAUAAAAUUUGAUUGUGGAU